AUGAGGGUAUCUAGCGGCGGGGUCAUCCGGAAUGAAAACGGAGACUCUAUUAUCGGCUACACUAGAAACAUCAGCUGCACAGCUAUGUUGCAAGCCGAACUUUGGCCGAUUCUGGAUGUGAUCCAAGUUGCAUGGGAUCGGGGCAUCCGAAGGUUGGAAAUUGAAACGGAUAACAAGGAGGUAUUCCGGAUUCUUCACUCCAAGGUUGGUUCUAACGAGCCGGCAAUUGUGAGACUCCAUUCUGAGCUUGUUUACAAUUACUCAGGAUCUAAGCAUAUCACAGAGUCCUUGAAAAGAUGUGGUAUUUCCGAAAAUUCAAGUUAUGUCCUUGCAGGUCGAUUUAACGCUUCUCCUGAUGAGAAGCUUAUUUAUGGAAAAGAGAUCGGUUUAGAGGAGUUGGAAGGAAGAGCAGACCAAGCUCAGAUAGAAAAGCACUACAAAAUAUCCGGCCCCGAGCUAGGCAUAUCAACACUUGCAGAUGCCAUAACAUGCCGAAUUGCUGCUCGAGAUGCUUUAUGAGAGUGUUGAGUUGUUGUUCUCAUUUAGUAUAUGCAUCUUGAUUCUCAAGGGAAAAUGGAGCAAAAAGCAAUGUAAAUGCCUAUGUAUUUGUUGUCAAACUGUUCUUAUUAGUUAGACUAUGGGAAACUAUACUUGGAAAUUGUGGCGUAUUCUAAAAUUCCAACUUC